UGAGCUGAAGUCAGACACUCAACUGAUUGAGCCACUCGGGUCCCCAGAAAUGUAGGUUUUUAAAAAAAUAUAUGGUAAUUGGCUUUCAGUAGUAUCUCUUCUGUACUUAACUGACUCUAUAUUGUUAUUGGUUCUCUCUAGAAAUUUUAAUACAUGUUUUGUUUCCUUAGUCACAUUUUCAUCUUUCAUUUAUCUUGUUUUUGUGUACUUGUUUUACUGUACAUGUGUUCUGGGGAUUACUUUCUAGGGAUAUGGAUUUAAUGUAAGAAAAGGCUUUCUGGUUUUUUUUUUUUUUUGAACUGUUUUAUUCUAGGUUGGGCUUUAUUUUUACUUUUUAGUCAUUUGCAUGCUAUUGCUGCACCCUCACCCCUUUCUGGACUGUGGUAUCUAUUCUAUAUUUAGUGUGUCAUUUUUUGGUUUUGCUCAAUUAGUGACAAAACAGUCAAAUUAUUCUGACAGAGCAUGUAUGUGUUGAUUAUUGGACACCACCACCCCCCGCCCCCACAUUAUAUCUGAGAUCUAUGACCACUAACACAACCUCUGAGGUCACCAUCUCAUGUCAAGGAACUCUUUAAGGACUGUUAUUUUGUAUUCUAUCCUGUUUCUUAAUCUGAGUUUUUGGCCAGGGGUGGACAUCGACCUUUGCAGUUUCUGAUAGGUAACUGGGCUGAAGUCUUUUUUUGGAACCUGCUGAAUAUUCUAGUCAUUACACCAGUUAGUUGUGUGUGUGUGUGUGUGUGUGUGUGUGUGUGUGUGUGUGGUUUUCUAAAGGAGAAUAUGUCAGGAGGCUUUGAAUGGUUUCUCCCAUUCGAGGUACUGUUGUAUAAGCUCUACUUUCACUGUAGAGUCCACUUUAUUGUUUACGUUCCCAUUUCUUUCCUACUACUCCUCCAAUUAAGAAAAAAAGGAGAAAAAUGACUCCUCUUCAAAUCUUGGUAUUAGUUUCCUAGGGCUUCCAUAAAAUGUACCACAAAUAUGGUGGCCUACAACAACAAGAACUUAUUGUCUCACAGUUCUGCAGGCUAUAAGUCUGAAGUCAAUGUGUCAACAUUCCCUUUUAAGGUUCCAGGGGAGAAUCCUUCCUUGCUUCUUCCAACUUCUGGUGACUGCUGGCAUUCCUUGGUUUGUGGGUACAUCACUCCAAUCUAUGCCUCCAUUUUCAUAUGGCUGCCUUUUUUGUGUGUCUGUGUGUCCCCUCCUCUCUCUCACUGGACUUAGGGCACACCCUCCUCCAGUGUGAUUUUUGUUUUGAUACUUAAUUACAUCUACAAAGACCCUAUUUCCAAGUAACGUCACAUGCUGAGGUUCUAGGUAGACGUGAAUUUUUGGUGGAUGCUAAAGGUAUAACUACAGGUUAUAAAGGUAUAACCUGUAUAACUACAGGUAUAUUAGGAAAAACUUUACUUUCAAAUUUUUGUCAGCCACAAACACAAAUCUACAGGAUCACUGAAGGUUAGCUGUAUUUUCUCUCCUAAAGACUGCAGUUCAUAUCCUACAGAUGCCUGAUGUCCCCAGAUCUGGUAAAUUGCUCCUUUAGCCCAAGGCAAUGAAGAUUCUCUGCCCUGUUGCUAGCCUUGGAGGUAUAGCAUAGUUCCUGUUAGUUUCCCUUAACUCUGCCCAUCACUUUGUAAAUAACCACAUUAGUAAACUAUUCUCAGCUACCCAAUAUAUUAUCACAUUUGCUGCUCAGUCCCUGCCUGAUUCUGCAUCCUUGCUUUAUAACUGAUUUUGCAGGGAGUAUUUCUGUUUUCCCAUUUAAGACUGUAUUUGUUCCAGGUUUUUCAGACAUACGCUUUAUCAUAUUUUUAAAAGUCCUUUACUCAUGUAAUGAGUUUUUAAAAUUAUUUUGCAUACCAAUUUUUUCUUCAUGUAUUCAGGUGAUUGGAUUUUCCACUUUAAUCUGUUUAAUGUGUGGGUAACCUGCGUUCUCUAGGAAGCAGAACCUGAAGCAAGGAUUAGAAUGCUGAUGCUUUCUUAACUUGGGAGGUGCAAACCCAGGGUAGUGAGAGAGAAGAAAAAUGGAAGUGAGCAGAUAAAAAACUGGAUGCCUCCCUGGUGCAUCUCAAAACUGCUCUGAAAGCUUACAAGACUAUUUAAAAUUUGAAUAUGAGGAAGACGAAAAGAAUAGUGUUGACAGUGAGAGAAGUUGGCAGGAGAAGGGGAAGAAUUUUCCCUGGCCCCAGAUGUGAUGGAUCCAGAUCUGGAACACCCACAGCUCCUUUCUCCAGGUCUCCUGUUAGGAGAAAGGCUAGAAAGACAAUAGAAGAUGGUUUGAGAAAUGCUGAUCUUGUUGAGCAGUGUCCUUGUGGAAUCUAUUAUUACUCCUGGAUGCAGCAGCUUGUGUAACUUGGACUGCUUCCCACAGAGAAGGAGAGGCUGCCUCUUUUUGCCAUUCUCCCCCACAUCUGGAAUCCAGCCAAAACGUACCAGAACAAGAUGCUUCUAACAUUUGAGCCCUUUUGUAAGGAUGCUGAUUGCAACUUGGGUGACUUCAGUUUAAUCCAAGUGUAAUUAGUAUGACCUCCACACGACAUGAAGGCACAGGCAGUGCUAUCUGUCAUCCUCACCCUUGCACCACCUCUAAGUGGGUUUCACGUUAUAUUGCUUUUGUCUUCCUCAAAUCUUGAUAAUAUUGAGGAGAAGCAGAUUGCCAUUGGAGGACUUGGUGAAGAUGUAAUUCUCCCUUGUUUAUUUAAGAGUGCGCCUGAAGUAGUAGUUCAUUGGAAGAAUCAAGAGAGCUAUGUGCACUCAUACUACAAAGACCAUCUGGAAAGGCAAGAUCACAGAUACACAAACAGGACAUCCCUCUUACAGCGAAAUGGAAAUGCCUCCUUAUCAUUUAGAAGAUUAAGCCUUCCGGAUGAAGGAAUUUACAUAUGCUAUGUGGGAACAGCAUCUAGAAACAUCAUAAACAAAGCAGUACUAAAGGUGGGAGCUUUCAUCACACCUGUGAUAAAGUAUGAAAAGAGGAACAGAGAUAGCUUCUUAAUAUGCAGUGUGUGAAGUGUUUAUCUUCAUCCACUUAUCACAUGGAAAAUGGACAAUGCACCCACCUCUGAAAGCAAUAUGGAAGAAACUGAGUCUUUGGGUUUUUAUAUAAAUAGUAUGAUAAAUAUUACGGGAUCAAAUUUAUCUUAUGAAUGUGCUACUGAAAACUCAUUGCCGAAACAAACAUGGACUGGGGAUUGACAAUGAAAGGUAGGCUCCAUGGGGCUUUGUGUGUGCAUGUGCUAUGUCCGAGGUUGGGAGGGAAUUAGGAUUGAUUUACAGGGAAAGAAGAGAGCACAAAAGAAAGAAAAUGUGUCUGCACCAGUUAGAGGACCAAAACAACAGUCCCAGGUCUGAUAUAUAUACCGGCUUUGUUAUCUUAAGCAACCAUUUUUAGCUCUAAGCACUAGCUCCACAUUGGUAAGACAGAAGUAAUUCUACCUGUUAGGUGUUUGUGGUGAAGGAAAACAUUUUUAAAAUGGAAAGUAGCAAAUGUACUCAUGAAUAUCAUAUUUCUCUAUGAUUUGUCCUCUAAAUAGGAUUUCCUACCUGCAUUGCACUUCAAAAGAUGAGAGGAUACUUGCCUAUUAAGUUACAAUCUGUGAUGUUUGCCAUUCUUUCCACUAAACGGAAAUUAAUUAGUAUUGCCUCUGUUUAUUCUCUUUACAUAGUAUUAUCCUAUUAAGCUUUAUCAACAGCACUAUCAUAGCGUGAACAGUUCUUGAUACUCUUUCCUCUUAUUUAUUUGAAAAAAAUCUAAAUUUUGACCAAUCUCUAAAUCUACUAUAAUCUACUCUAAUAACCUACUAUUUAAGAGAAAGAGAAAUUAAUUUGAUAUUUCUUAUCCAAUUCUAAGGAAAAAUGUUUUACAUCUUAGAAGCAAAGCAAAAUUUCUUUAGUAAAUCUCCAUUAUAUGGAGAAGGUAGAGGUUAGCUGCUCUCCUUUUUGGGCUUCUUUCCUGAGUCUCGUAUUCUCCACGUGCUUGCCAAGAAGACCCUGAAUUAUGAGUGAUUCACCAACUUUACAUAAUUUCAGCAUUGAAGGCAGAGACACCCAGUAUUCACUUUUCCAGGCAGUAAUGGGAAUAUGGAAAAGUGUUGAAAACGUUGAUGUUAAAUUGUAAAUACUUUCUAUGGAAAAUUGUAUUUUCUCACAUUUAUUCAGAAUUGAGUAUGCAGAAGCAUCUACAGUUUCUUAAGCUCAGUGCUAUUUCCUCUUGUUGAGGAUUUUUUUAUCUGCCAAGUUUGUUGCUCUCAGACUGUGAACUUAAGAAUGGGGGCUUCUGGGUGGCUCAGUCGGUUAAGCAUCUGACUUCGGCUCAGGUCAUGAUCUCACAGUUUGUGGGUUUGAGCCCCGCAUCAGGCUCUGUACUGAAUGCUUGCUCAGAGCCUGG